UACAUCCCUACUGACUUUGAGGUGGACCUCCACAGUCUUCUUGGACACCUAGAAAAUAAGGAUAUUGGAAACUCAUCCAAACUAGCAGACAAAAGGACUUUUCCACAGGAGAUAUGGCUUCCUCUUCUCCUCCUUCGUCUAGUGCCAACCAAGACACGAACCCAACCAAUCUAAGACCUACAACUUAUGACACUUGGUGUGGGGUGGCUCACGGGUGUACGAAAAAGCUGGGACUAAAGAUUUGCGGCUUCCUGCAGAGGAACAACAGUUUGGAGGACAAGAGCAGAAUUGUAAGUUCCUUCAAGGAGAGACAGUCCUCCAAGAAUCUCCUGGUCUGUGAGAACAUUGAGAAGGAAUCAAGGUUCCGACACACCGAGACAGAUUUCUCCAACUUAUAUGCCAGAGAUUUACUGCCUGCCAAAAAUGGAGAGGAAUCCACCAUGCAGUUCCUCCUGGAGGUGGUUGACAUUCUCUUGAAUUAUGUGAGGAAAACCUUCGACAGAUCCACUAAAGUCCUGGAUUUCCACCACCCUCACCAGCUCCUGGAAGGGAUUGAAGGCUUUAAUCUGGAACUGUCAGACAACCCUGAGUCCCUAGAGCAAAUCCUGGUGGACUGCAGGGACACUCUGAAGUAUGGAGUACGAACAGGUCACCCACGUUUUUUCAAUCAGCUUUCAACUGGACUGGACAUGAUUGGUUUGGCCGGAGAAUGGCUGACCUCAACUGCAAAUACAAAUAUGUUUACCUAUGAAAUUGCUCCAGUGUUCGUCCUGAUGGAACAAAUAACACUAAGGAAAAUGAGAGAAAUAAUUGGCUGGUCUGGAAAGGAUGGAGAUGGCAUUUUUUCCCCAGGAGGUGCAAUAUCCAACAUGUACAGUAUCAUGGCUGCCCGCUACAAAUACUUCCCAGAAGUGAAAACCAAAGGAAUGGCUGCUGUCCCCAAACUAAUCAUCUUUACCUCAGAACAGAGUCACUACUCUAUGAAGAAAGCUGGAGCUGCACUAGGAUUCGGGACAGAGAAUGUCAUCCUGGUGAAAUGCAAUGAGAGAGGAAAGCUCAUUCCUGCUGACUUGGAGGCCAAAAUCCUUGAAACGAAACAAAAGGGACAUGUCCCACUUUAUGUCAAUGCUACUGCUGGGACCACAGUUUACGGAGCAUUUGACCCGAUACAUGAAAUUGCAGAUUUAUGUGAGAAGUACAACCUUUGGCUUCAUGUGGAUGCUGCAUGGGGAGGAGGACUACUCAUGUCUAGGAAGCAUCGCCACAAAUUAAAUGGAAUAGAAAGAGCUGACUCUGUCACCUGGAAUCCUCACAAAAUGAUGGGUGCAUUACUUCAAUGUUCUGCAAUCCUCCUAAAGGAAAAGGGAAUUCUUCAAGGAUGCAAUCAGAUGUGCGCAGGGUAUCUCUUCCAACAAGACAAGCAGUAUGACAUAUCAUAUGACACAGGAGAUAAAGCAAUACAGUGCGGUCGCCAUGUAGAUAUAUUUAAAUUCUGGCUCAUGUGGAAAGCAAAGGGCACUGUAGGAUUUGAACAACAGAUCAACAAAUGUUUAGAGCUCUCAGAAUACUUAUACCAAAAGGUCAGCAACCGGGAAGACUUUGAGAUGGUCUUCAAAGGAGAGCCUGAGCACACAAACGUUUGCUUCUGGUAUAUCCCUCCAAGUCUUCAGGGAAUGCCUCAUUGUGAAGAGAGGCAAGAAAAAUUACACAAGGUUGCUCCAAAGAUAAAAGCCCUCAUGAUGGAAUCGGGAACAACAAUGGUUGGAUACCAACCACAAGGGGACAAAGCCAACUUCUUCCGGAUGGUCAUCUCAAACCCAGCAGCCACCAAAUCUGACAUCGAUUUUUUGGUGGAUGAAAUUGAGAGACUUGGGCAGGAAUUGUGAUAGUUGUGCCAUGCACAGUUAACCCUCCCUGUGCUGGGGAAAACUAUCCUGCCUCCCAGUUGGUUGACUACUAGUUAUAUAUAUAUAUUUUUUUGUGGAUGAACACAGAACAGAAGUCUUAAGACAAUCCCCUCAGUACAGUUCUCCUCUGGCACCUUAACAAAUGUAGAAUACAGAAAACUAUAUGUACAUCAUUCAAACACAAAUAAUAUUAUCUAACUUGUAUACAGUGAAUCCUUAUAUACAUGUGUUUGUUAAGGUUGUCAGAAGCAUACAAAAACAAGGUAACUGAGUGUUGUAAUCUGUAACCACUUGUAUGUCUGUGUGUAAAUAUUUGCAGUAUGUACAGGGCCGGCCCUUGACAUAGGUAACAUAGACCAUUCCUUAUAAAAAUAAAUGCUGAGAGAGCAGGAUUCCUAGAUUACCAAAUGGUAAUCAGGCUCCUUACAACCAUUCCUAUAUUUUUGAGACAAUCUCAAUUCUCAAACCCCUCAAAGGCAGGGCCUACUGAGAAUGGGUGGGGUUCAACAGAAAUAUAGGUGGGGAUGGUGGAUUGGAAGAUGAGCUUAUAUUUAUCCUAAAAUCAGAUGAUGCAAUUCUGCAAAGGAUAAGUAGAAAUAGUGUUUUUCCAAACCCAAGGAGCACAUUGACUGUCAGUUACAACCAUGAUAAUUUGUACUCUGCAUUGGCUGGCAGGGCAGUGCAGGGGAGAACCUAG